AACAUAGUAUGGUCAUUCAGCGAAUACUAUGGAUCUGUUUGUUUUUCGGUCUUGUACAGUGUACCAGCAGUUCCCACGGCUCGUUUACAAAGCAUCACUUGAGUCAUCUCCGCAACAAGACUAAGGUGCUGUUUUACCAUGGGUGGGAUUCGUACAUGGAACAUGGGUUUCCAGCAGAUGAGGUACGGCCUUUAUCUUGUACGAAAUACGAGAGAAGUGACGAUGUCUUUGAUAUUGAUAGAAAUGAUGUUCUAGGGAACUAUUCAGUGACGUUUGUCGACUCGAUAACCACAUUUGCCAUACUGGGCGAUGUCGAAAAGUUUGAACAGUACAUCAAGGUGAUUCGUGAGAUUGACUUCAACAUAGAUUCCACAGUCCAGGUAUUUGAGACAAGCAUUAGGGCAUUAGGGUCUUUGCUAUCGGCUCAUCUGUACGCACAGUACAAGUUCCAGCUGCCCAAUUACGAUGGGUUUCUUCUUAGGAAGGCACACGACCUCGGCAGCAGACUCAUAAGAGCCUAUACAGAGUCACCAAACGGGAUACCCGUUGCUCGAGUGAACUUGCAAACCGGUGUUGAGAAAAUUCCCAAGAAGUUGAUCGAAGAAACCUGUACUGCGGGUGCUGGGUCACCAAUGCUGGAACUCACUCUUCUUUCAAUUCUUACCAAUGAUACCUUGUUUGAAACAGUAUCAAGGGAUGCCUACUUUUCAAUCUGGAAUGCAAGGUCACCAACUGAUCUGGUUCCGAUGAGCUUAAACCCAUUAAAAGGCAAAUGGUUAAGUUCAAUUACUGGUAUCGGUGCUUCGAUCGAUUCGUUCUACGAGUAUGCGUUGAAAGGUGCCAUACUGUUCGAUGAUAGUGAAUUAAUGACUGUUUGGAAGAAAUCCUAUCAAGCGUUGAUGUCACAUGCAAAGAUGAGCUGGUUCAUGACUAACGUACAUGCUGAUACAGCAAUGAUUGUAACACCAUGGGUUGAUGCACUGAGUGCCUUCUUCCCAGGGCUACUAGUCCUUUCUGGAAAGGUUCAAAAUGCCAUGACUCUAUACAUGCCAUUUUUGAAGCUUUGGGACAAAUACGGGGGUAUUCCAGAGAGAUGGGAUUAUAUAGCACUGGAUGCCAAAUCCCAAGUGAUGUUCAGCGAUGAGGAAGUUAUUUCAUUGGAGUGGUAUCCAUUGAGACCAGAGUUUAUCGAAUCAACGUACUAUUUGUACAGGGCAACUAAGGAUCCUGUAUUUUUGAGAAUUGGCGAACAGAUACUGGAAGAUUAUGAGACUGUAUUCAAAGCACCUUGUGGGUUUGCAGGAUAUAGAGACAUUAGAACGAAAGAGAUGCAAGAUCGGAUGGAAUCAUUUGUCUUGAGCGAGACAUUCAUGUAUUUGUACCUGCUUUUCGAUGAAGAUAAUGAGCUGAACAAUGACGAACGGAUAAUCUUCUCCACAGAGGGACAUCCAUUUUGGUUACCUUCUGGUGUUUUGUCAAGCUACAGGCACUUCAAACAGAAGCAACAGAAUGAUUUGGAUGUGAAUAUUGAAAAAUCAUCAACUUCUAACGAUAGUGAGCUGUCGUGGGACGAGAAAGUUGUUAGCUUUCUGAAAGGAUUAUUUGAUGAUUACGAUUCACACUCAUUACCACCUAUAGAUGAGAAUGUCUUAGGAACAGACGCAUUUUCCAGCGAGGAAUGUUCUCCAGUUAUCAGCACAGAUGGGUUCUUUUCACAGUUUUUAGAGGACCCAAAUUCGUUUGUCAUUGAUUCAAAGUUCAAAUCGCAAUUCGGCUCCUAUAGGUCCAUGGUUGUUGAUGAGGCAGAGUUCUACUCCGUCUUCGCCCCACCAAAUGCCAUGUGCAACCGUGAAUAUACAACGGCGUAUAUGAACUUCAACUUUGGUGAAAUCAGUGAUAUAAAGAAUUGCCAUUUGAGAUACUCCGACCCGGAUUUCACGGUGAUGUCGCUAAAUGGACUGGUUUUAAAGCUAGAACUACUGAAAUAUGGCCAAAUCGACACCAGGAACGAGCUGAUCGAUUCCACGUUCUUGAACCAACACGCUAUCCCGCACGUACAGUACGACCUCGGUGGCAUAUGUACCCCAGAAGAUGAACUGUUUGCAAACAGCGUUUUCAGAAUCAGCACGGUCAACGGCAUAGACGUUGGACCUCAAGGUGUGCUGCGCAUCCUGUUCACGGAAAGGGCCGUGGAGAAGACCUCGAAGGGCAUGGUCAAGAUCAUAAACGACACGUCGCUGGCCAUCAAGGAUGUCUUAAUAACCAAUCUCGAGAUUGAAACAGUUCUAUAGGCCCGUAGUAAUAUACACCAGAGG